AUGGCUCAGUCAGAUCAUUCUGGUAGGAUCAGGAAAGACUGUGGCUGCAUUUGGUCUCGUGUCAACAUUGACUUGGUCCGAAUUUUUCUGUUAUGGUUUGUGAUUUUUUUCUACACCUUGUUUGGGGCUGCUGUCUUCUCGGCUCUCGAGAGACCUUCAGAACUGGAGGCACAUUGCAAAUGGAACAGACAGCUGGCUGAAUUUGUUCGGGAUCACCGGGUUCCUCUGGAGGACUUGCGCGAGCUCCUGGGACACUAUGAGGGGGCCGUUGCUGCCGGGAUUCAAAUGGAACCACGAAGACCCCGGUGGGAUUUCUCAGGAGCUUUUUACUUUGUGGCAACUGUAGUCAGCACUAUUGGUUUUGGGAUGGCAGCACCCGCUACUCUCCAUGGAAAAAUCUUCCUGAUCUUCUAUGGGCUGAUUGGCUGCUCAACCACCAUCCUAUUCUUCAACCUCUUUCUGGAACGCAUGAUAACGCUGGUUACAUUCCUCACACGCAGAUGUCGAAAGCAAAAACAAAGGACAAAGCUGAGUAAAAAACACAACACACAACCAGAAAAAGGAGACGGUCAAGAGGACUGGAAACCUUCCGUUUACUAUGUAACCCUCAUUUUGUCAACAGUCACACUUUUGGUGAACUGCGGAGCAUCGGGCCUGUACUCGACUAUGGAGGAUUGGAGCUACCCAGAGUCUAUGUACUUCUGCUUUGUGGCUUUUAGCACAAUGGGUUUCGGGGACAUGGUGAGCGGACAGAAGGCCCAUUAUGAAGCACGUUGGGCCUACCAGAUAGCCAACUCUUUAAUGAUCAUCCUUGGUGUGAGCUGCACCUACUCUCUUUUCAGCGUCACCGCCAUCAUCAUCAAGCAGAUGUGUAACUGGGUUUUGUCUAAGCUGUUUAGUCUGCAUUGCUGUGGGUCUCAGGGCUGCUGCUCCGUCGCAGGUCUGAAAGUCGAAGAACCGGCCGAUCAGCAGAUCCAGAACACAAGCAACCAUCCCGGCAUCUGUCAUGUGGUCAAGGCCUCUCACCCUUCCAAGAGCAAGUGUAAGUGUGCCAGCACUGCAGUAAAAACUGUGUGCCAGAGCCUGGACACAGCGAACAGCGCAACUUUUGAACACGAAAUCAGAGAUUCGGAAAAAAUGCCAAAGUAUGAUGGAGAGAAGGAAGUUUUCAGUGCGGUCCGCAAGAACUGUCACCAUUAGGAUAUGAGAACACUGUCAAAUCAUCAGCAGCAAGAGAAAAUGCAAAAAACAAAAUACUGGAAAUUAAAGUAAAAAGAAUGGAGAAAUACAGUAAAAACCUACUAUGUGAAAAUGUGAUUUUCAUUUAACACGGUAAUGAAUUUGUAAGUAAUAUGUGAAUUACCUUUUAACUUAGGGUAAACCUCUAUAUUGUAUGUUUAAUGUACUUUUACAGUAAAAAUAUUAUUUCACAGUACAUGAAAAGACAUUCUGAAAAUAAAA